AUGAGCAGCAUAGAAGCAUUUAAGAAAUUUUUUGAGAUAUUGCAUGCUCAUAAGCCGAACAUAACUUUUCCUAUGAUUCAAGAAUCCGAUUUCAUGAAGUCCUCCAUUGAUUAUAAUGAUUCUGCUCACCAGUACGUGAACAACUUCACAGCAGUGUAUGAGUUCCCCGAACAUGAAUAUGCUCUUUAUCAAAAAAUAGCAGCUGGAUUCUUUUACAUACUGAUUAUGGUGGUAUCCUUUUUUGGAAAUUCUAUUGUGUGCGAAAUUUUCAUCUUAACACCAGCAAUGCGAUCAACCACUAAUAUUUACAUAGCCAAUCUCUCAAUUUCAGAUCUCUUAAUGACUACUCUAAACAUGCCUUUACGGCUUACUCAAUUCUGGAGCAAAAACUGGCCUCUGGGUUACGUCCUCUGCAAAUGUAUGCCUUUCUUUCAAGCUUUGUCAGUAAAUGUGUCAUCUUUUACAAUGGCUUGCAUUGCUUUAGAUAGAUUUGAAGUUAUAGCUUAUCCAAUGAAACCUCGGCCAGGAAUGACAGCUAUAGUACUAAAUAUUAUCUUUAUAUGGGCAAUGGCAGCUUCAUUUUCUCUCCCCUAUUCUAUAAUAGCUGACUUAGUGGAAGAAACAACUACUGAAAAAAUUAUACAUUGUAAAAUGGGAUACCCACAUCCUUCGAUGGAAUUCAGAAAAAUGAUGAGUCUUGCAAUGCUUUUUAUACAAUAUAUCAUUCCUCUUUCAAUAACGUUUUGGUGUUAUUGUAAAAUUUGUUACAUAUUAUACAAACGAAAGCUUAUCGGGAUGGCAACAGAAAGUCAAAUAAUGCGUCAGCGAGCUGCUAAGUGGGUUACUAUAAGAAUGCUUUUGGUGGUAUUCAUUGUCUUUGCGGCAUGUUGGUUUCCCUUUAAUAUGUACCACACUUACCAAGAUCUUAGAGGAAACGUUGGGUUUUUCAAACAUAAUUCUACUGUAGUGCUUACUUGCCACUUGAUAGCUAUGUUUAGCACAUGCUGCAAUCCCUUUAUAUACUGCUGGCUGAAUGACUCCUUCCGUAAAAUGGCAAAAGUAAAAUUUAAUUACAUUAUCCGAAACAUAUUCUGCUUACGAUUUUUUUACAUGCAUCCAAGAUACGCCCCUCAGUUGUACGAAGAUGACCAUGUACAUAAUUUAAAACAUUUCAGCAGCAUUACAAAAACCCUUUCUUGUAGCACGCAUUCUCAAACUCCGUCUCAUGUUGGAUCCGGAACCCUUGCGUUUCGGCUUCAUACAGAUGCGGAAAACCAAACUGUUCCCUUCGAAAUUUUUUCCUGCGACACUUCAUUGCCUAAUGGAAAUGAAAACAAGUCUUCUGUGUCUGCAUACCUUCUACAAGCAGACAUUGAGGGUAGCGACAGCACUGCCGAUGCCACUUCAAGUAGCGCAAAAGAAACUUGUGUCUGA